AUGAUGGAUGCCCGCGCGUCCUCUGCUACCGCUUUCAACUCUCUGCCCAUAGAGCUCAACAAGGCCAUAGCUCAUGGGCUUGAGUCCGACAAGGACAUCGCUACCUAUCGUCUUGUAUGCCAAGCUACGAAUAAUGCCAUCGAUGCAGAUAACAAGUCCUUCUGGCGCGCUCGAUUCCGUAGAAGCUUUGUUCUUCAAGCAGACAAGACGAAUGGCGAGCUGCAGAAGCUCUACCAGCGUCGUUCGAAGCUGCUCCGCCGCGGCAGGGGCUAUACUUUCUUUUUCGGUAAUGACGCCCAUGAGCAGAAGGUCACAGAGGUGUUGCGAGACCUAAUUGUUGAUUCCUUUAAAGAGCCUCCAGAGAGAGAUGAACAAGGCCGUCUCCAUUGCAAGAAUCAGGAACGCCUGCGAGAGUUCAUUCUCAAUUCGAGAAUUCUUAUCCAGGACCGCCGUGUACCUCCUGCUAGUGAAGAAAAGUGCGAAUGGCUCGAUGAAACGCUGAUUGCGGUCAAGCUCAUGUGCGCGCAUUUUCUGUUUGAAUUUGAAGGUAUCAAACACCAGAUCUUUGCCUUUGAGGAGUCUCAGCGCGCUGUCUACAAACCUAGUGCCCAAGCUAGGAUUUUCAGGGGUGGCGAUAUGAACUAUAUCAAUUUCGAUUGGCUAGGUCAUUGUCUAGACUUCUUCCGUCAUCAUAUGAUGAGCGAAGAAGCAUACACUCUUUUUGAGAACAUUAGCGAGCUUCCGGCGACACAGAAGCCGUCAGCAUGGCGCGAGAGUCUCAAAUUGGGGGCGCGGCCACUGAGUAGGCACUGGAAAGGCACUUACUCUUUCCUCGACGCUCCAGAGAUAGCCCAGCUUCGUCGGCUCACCCCUGCAGAGUAUAGCAGUCACUACUUCAUUGACAAGAAUGUCGACGAGGGUAAGAUCCAGUCACUCGAACUAGAAUUUGUCCCCAAGGGUAAGCAGAUGAAGUGGCCCCAAAUUUUCGAAGAUCGCUUGCAUUCGCUUGAUAACUCACAUGAGGCGCGCAAGAGACCCCAGGGUAAGGGCAAGGCUAGAAUCAGGGAUCGCAACGGCGAGAACAUCCAGUUUGUCGGCACCGGCGAAGACCUAGAAGAUGACUUCAAUGCGAUAGGAUGGCUGAACCCUCUACCAGCACAAAAGGGCAUUCCAGGCUGGCAGCGAAUUACAUUCAUGAAGCAUUUCAUGGAGAACUUUGACGAGGUAGAGCAAGACAAUCUGUGGGCCUACGAGGGCAUUGUGUUGCCCGGUGGUCGAAUGAUUCUCGGGCGGUGGUGGUAUGCAUCAGAGCAAGUUGAUUUCAAUCAAGACUACAACGGACCUUUUAUCCUUUGGGCAGUGGAUCCCGAACCCGACUCCGAAGCUAGCGUUGAUGUGGAUGGGGAGUCUGCUGAUGAUGCAGCUGAUGAGGAAUGA